GAUGAGCACCGUCUGUCAGAAGCGGCCCCGUAGGCAUCGUCGCGUGCUUCACGUGACGUUAUCAGUCCACGCCCCUGCAGCAACUGCGACUCAACUAUGGUGGACCGUUCUCGGAACAAGAGACAUUCGAAGGACCGCCGGUACAACCGUGAGCCUGUGCCCCAACCAGAUGAUGAAUACCUUCUUUGAGCAGCUGGGCAAUGUCGGUGAGGCAUCGAACGUGUGCGAAUUGGACCUCACAAACUGCAAUAUUAUUCACCCCAACCAAAGGAUUCCGCACAUAUACGAAUGCACGCAUCUGCUGUACUUGCGGUGCCUAGCCUGCGCCUUCGAGCCGAGCGACCUGCUCACGUUAAAAUUGCUGCGGCUGCCUCAUGUUGCCGAAGUCGUGUUCUCCCUCGUUUUCGAGAUGGGUGCGGAAGCACAGCGCAUACAGGAGUUCAAGUGUCACUGUCGCAAAGGCGCCGUCUAUCCCAACCUGCGCCGCAUCUACGUCGAAGUGGCCUACGACUAAAGCUUCCACCACGUCUCGAAGUUCCUCUGCUUAUGCCCGAAUCGGGACGACCUGCACGUGCAUUUCGUACGUGCAACCUUCUGGAGUGCCACGCAGUCCUCGCGGAGCCCGUUGGUCUGGAAACGUUCACGUUCACCUCCGAACUACCUUCGUGCUGUGAACGCAAGCCGGCAGCACCAUUAGACUUCAAGGACUACGCGGCUGCCUGCGCCAGCGUUAACUACCGCAAGUCCAACUCGUGGAACAGCCUUCGACUCCGUGACCUCGCGUUCAGCUUCGUGACGCAGCAUGCCCGCGGUUCAUCGAGAGCUGCGGUACAACGAAUACAGCACAACCUAUUGUGCAUCAUCGGCUUCCGAUACUGGUACCUCCUGUCGGCGGUGCCACAUUCGGAGAUGGUCGUCCGAGUCGGGCUACCUCAGCUCGACUGCCUAGACCUUCACUACCGAGGCUACACAGACGAAUGCCGCGCGAAGCGCAUGACGUCGCUGUGAAUGUUUCCUGCAGGGUGCCGCGACGAACUCGUUCGAAACGGUCCCUGCUUCCAGUCGUGUUCGACUGCUACAUUCACUGGACUUGCCAAGUCGUUGAGCCGUGACAAUGAUCCAAUAUCUUAGCUCAGUGCCGUUUAGACUGCUUAUUGACUCAUGACCACCUAUGGACGUUCCCAAUACCUUUAAGUUUGACCGUUUGACAGUGUGCGAAGAGUGCACACUCAUGUGCGGGAUUUUGAAUCGUUUUCAGUGUUCCGCGUUUAUGAUUAACCACAAUCAUUAGACUAUCGCACAUUAUGGGCCAAUUCUAUUAACAAGCUAACUUCCACGAUCGGACGAUCUCGUAGGUGCAAUUUUUAGCCAAUUUUAUUCAUGUCAUAAAUGGCUGUAGUAGCCCGUGUAUUUAGAUGUUAAUAAAGACGUUUGCCAGAUGUCUGGAGUACUUUCUUGUUUUCACUUGCUU